AUGUUGGAUGUCAAAUUAUUGGAUGAAAAGAUGGCUUCCUCAAGUCUGGUGUUGAUUAUGAAGAAGGGAGAUGUGAUGGACAUUAACAACUACCGACCGAUCAGCAUGGCCACUACUAUGUACAAAAUUCUGUCCAGAAUUGGGGAGCAGGAGUUUUCGGGUAGGGACAUUUCGGGUAGCGACUUUUCGGGUAGGACAUUUCGGGUGAUGGAUAUUUCGGGCAAUGGUAAUUUCGGGUAGGGAUUGUUCGGGUAGCUACUUUUCGGGUUAUCGACAUUUCGGGUAGGAACUUUUCGUAAAAUUUAAAAUAUUAAGUUAUGGAUAAUUACAAUAAAAUUUCCAGACUUAAAAUUAUGACUUGCAAUGUUAAAAAUUGUAACGUUCUAAAGUUAUUGUUUUUGAACCCGAUGAUAACGAUAUCUUACGUUUACUAUCAUCUAUUUUUGCAAAAUCAUUACAAAAACAGUAACACUAGAACGUUCACAGCACGGUACGAUAACGUUCAUAGUAUUCUGGUAAGCAUGCGACCUUGCAUUAAAAAUAUACAAAAAAAGUAUCAUAGGAACGUUGACGGUACGAUGUCAACGUUCACGGUGCCAUGUCAACGUUAACGAUAAAGGCACAUGGCGCUAGGACAAAUGCGGUUUUUUGGACAUUUGCGGAUCUGCGGUUUUUAGACACUUGCGGAUCUUCGGUUUUUGGACACUUGCGGAUUUUUUAAAGGUUUUUUUUAUUUUUUACUUAAUUUAGUUGUAUUAUGGUACUAAAUUGUACUAAAGUUUGAAUUGGUACGGUUUUAACAUAACAGUACCUUUUUGGGAUUUUAGUACUAUUUAGUACCAAAAAAUAUAAAAACAGUACCGAUUAAAAAUUUAGUACUAUUUAACAUUAAGAAAUAUUAAGACAGUGCCAAUUUAAACUUUUGUACCAUUUAGUACCAUACUACAACUAAAUUAAAUAAAAAAUAAAAAAACCCCUUUAAAAAAUCCGCAAAUGUCCAAAAUCCGCAAGUGUCCAAAAACCGAAGGUCCGCAAGUGUCUAAAAACCGCAGAUCCGCAAAUGUCCAAAAACCGCAUUUGUCCUAGCGCCAGGCACAUGUGGUUCAGUCACAUGAGAUUUAGUGACAUGUGAUUAGGCCAGGGUAAAAAAGGAUAUAUGAUUUAGUCAGGUUGUGAUUCAGUCUUCUAUCUUUUAUAGCAUAAUAAAUGAAAAUUAUAUAAUUCAUGGUUUAUGUAUUAUUAAUUAUUUAAUUUUUUAGUUUUUUUAAAAAAUUAUAAUUACGAUUUUUAAUAUUGCAAGUCAUAAUUUUAAGUCUGGAAAUUUUAUUGUAAUUAUCCAUAACUUAAUAUUUUAAAUUUUACGAAAAGUUCCUACCCGAAAUGUCGAUAACCCGAAAAGUAGCUACCCGAAAUUACCAUUGCCCGAAAUGUCCUACCCGAAAAGUCGCUACCCGAAAUGUCCCUGCCCGAAAAGUCACUAACCCCCAGAAUUGCACGGAGAAGAGUGGAAACCCAGAUAGAAGGGAAACUGAAGCCGGACCAAGCUGCGUUCAGAAGAGGCUUCUCGGCAGCGAACCAUUUGGUGGCACUGAAUCUGAUGUACCUUAACCGAAGAAUGUUUGAAGAUUGGUUUGGUGAUUAACAAACAGAAGACCAUGUGGAUGGGAGAGGUUGAUGGGGCACUGUAUGUGAAUGGUGAAGCAAUUCAGAAGACAAGCUGGUACAAAUACCUUGGACAACACUUCGAAAUGCCGAGGAGAACGGACAUUGAAGUUCAGAAGCGAAUUCAGGCAGCCUGGGCCGCUUUCAGGGCGGAAUAUGAUCUCCUGACCAGUAGAAGGACGGAGGUAUGGAUCAAAAGAAGGUACUUCAACAUGUGUGUACUACCGGCGAUGACUUAUGGAGCUGAGAGUUGGGCACUGAGGCUGGCGGACAAAUGGAAGCUCGAACGGUGUCAAAGAAGAAUGGAGCGAGCGAUGUUGGGACUGACACUACGGGAUUUGAAGUGAGAAGCAGACAAAUCAGGGCUCGGACUAAACUGAAGGAUGUGGUUGAAGUGGCAAUCACAAUAAAAUGGAAGAUGGCGGCAAAAAUUCCAAGAGCAGGAAAUGAACGGCUGGACUGGAAGGUGCUAAUCUGGAUUCCUGAAGGAAAAAGAAGAGUUGGUCGACCUAGAAUGAGAUGGGAGGACGAGUUCGUGGAGCUGUGUGUUAGAGACUGGCUGAAUAGGUGCAGACACGGAAUUGGAUGGAACACUGCCUUGGUUACCUCCAUUGGCAACUGGCGAGAGCAAUAUCUCGGAGACAGAGAUGGAGACAUGAUUUGA